AUGUCUUUCAACUUCGCUAAGUUCACCGAUAACUUGAAGAAUAUUGGUGACAAGGUCACAUCAGAGUUCAACAACGAAGUGUUACCUUUUGCUCAAAGAACUACACGUAGAGUUCAAGAAAGAAUUGGUAAAGUUGACGUGGAUGAGAUCAGUCAAUUACCAUCGGAAUACACCUCGUUGGCCGAACGUUGCAACAAUGUCGAGAAGUUGUACAAGAAUGUCUUGAAAGUGACCCAGAACUACGAGAACGAAUCGUACGAUUACCCAACCAACUUGCAAGAGUCCUUCACGGAGUUUGGCAAAAACUUUUCCAACCGCGUUUCGAACUUGUCUAAAGCUACCACUCCUGCUGAAGCACAGGCCGCUUUAGUGCAUCCAAAUGGGGAGUUCAAGCCUCCAAAGACCUUGUAUCACGCUCUUGCUAGAGCCACAGAUGGUUCUGUUUUGACUUCGUCUACAGACCAGAACAACCAGGACACAUUGGUUAAGGCAUUGGACUUAUACUCCUCCAACUUGAAUAAGAUUGCAAACGCUCGUUUGGGCCAAGAUCAAUUGAUCAAGUCGAAGUUCAAUGCGCCUUUACAAACUACGUUGAGAUCGCUCAUCUCCCAAAGCAGUGCUAUUCAAAAAAAAGUUGAGCAAAAGAGAAUAGACUACGACUUGGCCAGACAGGCGUUGAAGAACUGCUCGAAUGCAUCGAAGGAGCCACAAUUGAGAGUUGCCAUGGAAAACGCCGAAGACGAAUUUGCCAAUUCCGUCGAAGAUGCUCUCAGUGUCAUGCAAAAUGUCUUGUCACAAUCUAAACCUCUUGAAGAGUUCUUGGAGUUGAUCAAGGCUCAAUUGGCUUACCACAAGCUAGCCAGCGAAUUGCUUGGCAACAUGGUUGGUGGGUUUGAAACAUUAAUUGAUGAAGACACGAACAACGCCAGCAAAGCCGGCGAUGCUAACUCUCCACAAUCUGGUGAAUUUGAUAUCUAA